AUGGAGGACGAUAUGAGCAUCGAGCUGGGUCUCUCCGAAUCGGCAAGUUCGCAUUCCGGUCACCGAGGGCUCCACGAUUUGCUUGAAGAGGUUAUCGCAGGAAUGCCAGGUUUUAUAACGGGGUAUCUAUCGGCUCACCCAGUUCGCCAUCGCCGUCGCCGUCGCCGUCGCAGACUAGCCGAGGAGCUUGAGCACGCUCAAGAGCAUAUCCAAGAACGCACGAGAAUUGACCAUGAGACAGAUCUGAGCGAGCGUGAAAUGGAAUUAACUCGUUAUAUCGCGCCUGGAGUGCUUAACUACCACCAUCACUUGAGCGAAAUAGGAAUGGCUCCUUACACCUCGCCGGAAAUACUUGGUUACCACGUUCAUUUUACCUCUGAUUCUCUCCGUCGACCCCCGGCUCCUAGAUCGCUUAUUUGGGCUCUAUCGGCAAAGGAAAUUGACAAAGAAAUGUUGGAGGAGCUGCAGCAAUUUUCUAGCUCCUCCUGUUCUAUUUGUAUUGAGGAUUUCCAGGUGAGUCAAGAGGUAUGUGCUCUCUCUUGCAAACAUCUCUUUCAUAGCACCUGCAUCAGACGUUGGUUAUAUGAAACAAACAGCUGUCCUAUGUGCCGAGAAGGUAGAGCUGUGAGAGAUUUCAUUCAUAUGUAA